ACCGUCGGCGGGCUGCGCCGCUCGAUCCCGCACGCGCCUCUGCGCUCCUCGCCGCUUCCACCCCCGCGGCCGCCGCUCCCCUCGACGUCCGCACACACACACCAUGACGAAGCAAGAGAAGAAGUCCUUCAACCAGAGCCUGGCCGAGUGGAAGCUCUUCAUCUACAACCCGAGCAAUGGAGAGCUCCUGGGGCGCACCGCCAAGAGCUGGGGUUUGAUCUUGCUCUUUUACCUAGUCUUUUAUGGGUUCCUGGCUGCACUCUUUUCAUUCACAAUGUGGGCUAUGCUUCAGACUCUGAACGAUGAGGUUCCAAAAUAUCGUGACCAGAUUCCUAGUCCAGGGCUUAUGGUUUUUCCAAAACCGGUGACAGCAUCGGAUUUUUCAUUCAGCGUGUCUAAUCCAGAGUCCUAUAGAGGGUACAUUAAUGACCUUAAGAAAUUUCUAAAGUCAUUUGUCUUGCCUUUUCUGCAUGGGAGCUAUCUACAGCCAUUAGUUGCCAUCCAGCUCAUCUUUGGUAAUAGAAAUGACAUAAACGAAGUCACAGUUGAGUGCAAGAUUGAUGGAUCACCCAACCUAAAAAACCAGGAUGAUCGUGACAAGUUUUUAGGACGAGUUGUAUUCAAGAUCACCAUGCGUCCAUAGUAGGAGUUAAGAUAUCUCCACAGAGUAAACGUUGUGUUGUCUGUCUUCAUUUUGUAUCAGCUGGACCUGC